CACAAAUGUUUGCCUUUCGAGUAGAAAAUUCUGAAAGGAAGUGUGACCGUGGUAAAUUUGCUGAUGUAAAACAUGUCUCGCCACUGGUUCAUGCUAUGGUAACUAUGAUCUAAGCAUCGAAUGGCUGUUAUGUAGAGCUGUCUGUGAGUUUACUGUCGGACGCCUUGGCAAUCCACACGGCCAUGGCUGUGGCGAUAGCGAAUGGAGGACAACAGCGACCGCAACGUCCUCAAAGAUGUAGUACGGGAGCAGGACCAAAAUUCAAACUGAUCCACGAAGGAGACAUUCAAGUUUGUCGCCUAAACCAUAGCCGAACUUUAAUCAGCAAAGUGUUAAGUUCCAAAUUUCUAAGAAGAUGGGAAGCACAUCAUGUUUAUUUGGGAGACUUCCAAAUGUAUUCUGCCACGUGUGUGGGGUUCAUGGAAUGUCCUCUGUCUUAUCAAGAAAUACUGGAUGCAUAUACUGUGAACAGAUGGGACACUGGCCAGCAUUUCUGCAUUAGAGUUACAAUUCCAGAUGGCUCUGUAUUACUUAAGGCACCCAAUGCAUAUCUGAGAGAUCAGUGGCUUCAUUCAUUGAAAUGGAAGGUUAACUUGUUAAGAUAUAAAAGACUUAUAUCAAAAUCCAGUGAUCCUGAAGCUUUAACAAAGGAGCUCAGGGAACUUGUACUUUUCUCACUAACCACUCCAAUACAAGAUGACGUUAUAUUUACUGUUCCUUUGGAGAUGGUUUCGGAUAUCCUCGCACAUCAUUUCAUCUCAUUUUCUGAUGAGGAACAAGAAAACUUAAUAGUGGCACUUGCACCUGUUCUGGAAUAUGUUCAGCCUUCCCCUGAAGUUUGUGCUUUCUUUAGCAAGCAUUGCAAGGGCCAACUUUAUAAUAAUGAAGUACUAGAUGUCUUCCUCCCAGCUGUUCACAGAAUUCUUAAACAUAACAUGGAUUUUGGAAAAUAUCCACAUCUCAGAAUGUUUGUACAAGAUUAUAUUUAUACAUUGUUUUGCAAAGAUUACGCAGAUGUUGUCAGAGAGUUUGUAGAGAGUGUUCACAGUCCAAGUGCCACCUGUCCACAUCCUCGUGUCCUUCCAAAUCUAGUUGCAGUUGUCCUCUCUGCCGUUUAUUCCACAUUUGAUCAAAGUGACAAGUUGCUUGUCAAGUACGAAGAAAUCAACACAAACUUUCUGCUCUGUUUCAUGACAGUCAUGGAUACCAUUGCACAGUUUGAAGACUGGAGACCCAAUCUAUCAACACUACUACAGCCCAUACCUUUCCCAAAAGAGGCUCUCAAGAACGAGACAUUUGUAUUGUACAUUAGUGCAGUGAUAAAAGCGUUUGCAGAAGAUCAGCGGUGUGAGGUCCAUCAGUCCAUUCUUCCUGUCAGGAAAGGUAAAGAUGGCUGGAUCGACAUCAUUUGCCCAGGAGGAGUUUCUUGUUUUGAUGAAGGACAUUUUUUCUCCCACGUGAUGGGUCGCUUACUAAAUUGUUGUGGGAGGAGAAAAAAGAUUCUUUUGGAUCUCAAGGAGUCCAUGCUCGGCCCCUUUAUGCUGCUUGCGUUACGAGGCGACAGCAGUUUUAUUCAGACUUUGGCAUUCAUGUUAGAAGUUGAGGUUCUGCAAGACGAAAAUGAAAAAUUACAGAUCAUUUCUACAUUAGAAAGCACCGAAGAAGGCAAACUGUGUUAUGAAGCUCUGUGUCAGAAAAAAGCCAAGUUCAGACAGAUGCAGGAAAAGGGGGGACCAACAGUACUUACCCUUCCUACAAAAUCGACGGAUGACGACUUGGCCCGUCUUCUCAAGUCUGGUUCUUUUGGUAACCUUCAGAGCCUAAACCUUGCCUUCACACAUGUAACCAGCGCUUGUGCUGAAUACUUGGUUCAACUGCCAGCCCUGCUACAUUUAAACCUUUGGUCCACACAGUUUGGUGAUAAAGGCUUGCACAUGGUGGCAGAGCAGCUGCACAACUUAGAGUCACUGAACCUGUGUGAGACGCCCGUGACGGAUGACGGACUGUCAUCCCUCGUGAUCAUGUCCAGUCUUCGAAAUCUGAACCUGAACAGCACCAGACUUUCGCCGACAACAUACGAAAAACUUAAGAAAUUGCCAAGACUGGAAGAGAUCGAUGUUCGGUACACGGAUGUUUGACUUUUGGUGUACCUGUCUGCACACAAGCAGUAGAUGCAUCCGUGACCUUGUCAAGUUGAAUGAGUUUUACUCUCCUCCCCCCAGUUUCCAAGGGCCUGUGAGGCUGUCUUAACAGCUCAACCGUGAUUAUCUGUGGAGGACUGCACACAAGUACUUUCUUAAUAGAUCACCGAUCAUGUAACAUAGUUACCGUAUUUAGCUUUGAAACUUUAGAGUAGCUCCGAACUUGAUAUUUUUUAAUCACAUUCAGGACUUGAGUAGAUUUACUCUUUAAUUAGUUGUUCGCAUAUCGGCUACAGAAAAUUGAUAAUUUCAGAAGCAAGAUGUACAAAGAUCAAUCUGUUUGUGAUGUUUGUGAUGUUAUGGUACUCUGUAGCUGUAAAUUGCCGUUUGUCAUAGGGGAAAGUGAUAUGUUGCCACCAAAACUUUCAAUUUCGUUUGUAAUGCUUGUUAAUCAUCUCCAUUCCAAACCAUCUAUGUUCCCUUUCAUUUAGUCUUUCCAUUUUGUAAUGUUUUGUUUGUUUUUAUACUAAACUAAAACUUUGCGUCCUUGUUCAAGAGAUAAGUUACCAGCGACUGAAAAAGUCAAGACUUUGUAUCUUAAAUUGGAAAAAUACACUAUGAGUUGGUCAAAGCUUGCAAAAAAAACUACCUGAUUCAAAGUCUACUCCUCGUGAAUCGUUGCUUUUUUGUAGUUGUUACUCUUAUUUUAACUUAUUUUCGGUUUUCGGUAGAACCUUGAUUUCUCCUUGUAAAGGGAGUUUGAAAUUCGCAUAAUUUGGAAAGACACAGCUGUAUUGAAACGAGUUGAUUAUCUUUCAUGACUUCUCCGAUCUGUGUGGGAGUAGUUGGGGGGGGGGGUUAGGCAACAAACUAGGCGCUAAUUUCGGUUUGUCUCUCGAGUCCUGGUCUUUAAUGUAAAUUCUGCGCCCGCGAUAAUGCCACCGUGGCGUUAAAUGUGGAAUUACUGUGGUAAGUUCCGUGGCUCAAAUUUAAAAGUAGUGUUAUAGCACGUAAAUUAUUAUUGCUUAAUUUAAAUUAUAUAGAGCUCGCUUAGUGGGACUAAAUUGGAAUAACGGAGACAUCUAAAGAAGUGUACAUUUAUUAAGUUAACUAGAAGUUUAACGACUUAUUUCUUGAGGGGUAAUGUAUGGUUCUGUUGCAGAUAUGUUCUUUAUUUCUUAUGGGCUAGGUAAUUUAACUUAAAUUAAGCGCUCUGGUGGUUUUAAUUUAAUUUUUAAAUCACUCUUUGCUUCUAAAGGCUUUUAUUAAUGUAAAGGAGGCAAACUAACAGUAGCCUAUUGAGUAUUAUUGGGGUAGAUAUAAACCGAUGAAGAGCCUUCUGGAUUUUAGCCGCAGUAGUACAGAUGUUGAGGUUACGAAACGUAUUACACUCACAACCAAGACUCAAGAAUAAUCUUGGAUGCUGUCUGCCUAUUUUAGAUGACACAUCUCGCGAGGUGUGAGCUUUCUUAAAUAUGAAAUAAGUUUUCUGGUUAUUUUGUGAUUAGAGAAAGUUACACAGUUAUUUGUUCUUCUAGGUAGUCUUCCUUCCAAAGAUAUCGUUUUGAAUACGCUAUAGAAUUUCUUUCUACACAGUAAGGUAAAAGAGCCAGGAGGUUGACGGGUUGCAGAAUAACCUUGUCAACAGCAAACAUCUAGAACAGCGGUGAUAUUCAUUUCUUUCUAUGAAAGCCUUGUGUAAAAUACAGAUAACAGUGUAACUCUUUAGAGAUUAGUGGGUUAAUCUUCCACUUUCUGUGGUUUGUGUUUAUUUAUGAAGUGAGAGCACCAGCGAAAAAAGCCAUAUUCCUUGGUUUUCCUAGAUCAUCUUCACAAAUGAUGAGAACAAAUGUGACGUUCUUUUCCUCGUGAAAUUUCGCUUUUAAGGUGCACGGUUCGUUAUGGUAUUAGAGACUUCUGAGGUCUUGCUGCCAUUGUUUUGAGAAGUUUGGUUGUAAGAUAGGCGCAAGUUCACGUAAGUUUUGGUAAAAUUAAAGCAUAUUGUGAUAUAUUUAGGCGGUAGGGUAAUAAUUUCGUUUCCCGAAGCCUCGAAACUCUGGUUUAGCCAGCUUUUCUCGCUUUGGCAGGAAUUUCUCAUGGUCACCGUUUGACCGCUGUCCUAGUCGUACUGUAGUUAAAAUUGAUAAUUUAAAAAUCUUUUUGCAAUUAGCCAAUCAGAAGCUACCAACUUGUGUGGGUCCUUAGACAUAAGACAAUUAACAUUAUGAAACACUCACGAUGCUCUUCUAAACUCCUCAAGAGACCGAGAAACCUCCAUAACUGAUAAAACGACAACCUUUUCAGUUUUCAGAAGCCACUACAAUAUUUAAUCAAUAGGAAUGAAUUGAGCCCAAUUAGCUAAGCUCAGUUUGUUAAAAAAAAAACUAUAUAUCGUUUUGUUCCAAGAGUUGUGCGAACUUAUAUAAUAAAUAUCAUAAAGAGUACUUUCGUUAUGUACAUAAAAUUUGCUUCCCAAGUUUAAUUAAGUUUCGUUUAUGUACAAAAGCAUUAUGUGUAAAGUUUUUUGUUCAUGGCCUGUAAUUGUGUACGAGACACAAAUUUAAGCGUAACUGGUAUAAAUUAUUUCUUCUGUUCCAUUUAUUGUGGAUUAAAAUUUCUGUCUUGAA